UUUUGAAAAGAAAAACUAUUUUUGAUGCCAAAUAUUCGUGAUGCUCCCUUAACCGGACGCUACGGGCGAAAUGCGUGAGUGACAAAAGAUUUCAGUGGAUCUAAAAUCGGGGAAGCAGUGAAUCGAAUCGAUCUCUCUGGUUCGGGAACGAAGAACACCACCGGCAUCAUUAGGGUUAAUUCAGUGAGAGAGGGUUUUGUCCCCGAUGGAUCUUCUCCGCACCUACACUGACCAAAACGACGUCGAACUCGACGACCCAGAGGACCAUAACCAAAACCCUAAUCCCAACACGCCGUCACCGGACGCCUCCCCGCCUCGCCUUCUCCCCGGCAAGUCCGCCGCUCCCAAGGUUGACGACACCAUGCUAGCCCUGACGGUGGCGCAGGCCCACCAUGCCCUUUCCCGGCCCAUCGACCCCGUCCAGCACGCGGUCGCCUUCAACCCCACCUACGACCAGCUCUGGGCCCCCAUCUACGGCCCCGCCCACCCCUACGCCAAGGACGGCAUCGCCCAGGGCAUGCGCAACCACAAGCUCGGCUUCGUCGAGGACGCAUCCAUCGAACCCUUCGUCUUCGACGAGCAAUACAACACUUUCCACAAGUACGGCUACGCUGCCGACCCCUCCGCCUCUGCCGGAAACAACUACGUCGGAGAUCUAGACGCUUUGCGCGAAAACGACUCCAUCUCAGUCUACAGCAUACCGCAGCACGAGCAGAAAAAGAGGAAGAUAGAGAAGAAGAAGGAAAUGGAGGAGGAUAAGGAUCCCGAAGAAGUCGUCGACAAGGUGGAGCUUGAUAAUCCUGCGAGCGACACCUGGUUGAUGAAGAACCGGAAGAGUCCUUGGGCAGGCAAGAAGGAAGGUCAACAAACCGAAUUGACGGAGGAGCAGAAGAAGUACGCCGAGGAAUACGCGAAGAAGAAAGGCGAAGAAAGAGAGAGAGGCGGCGAGAAGGGCGAGAUUGUUCCAGAUAAGAGCACGUUCCAUGGUAAGGAGGAGAAGGAUUAUCAGGGUAGGUCUUGGAUCGCGCCGCCCAAGGACGCCAAGGCCACGAACGACCAUUGUUAUAUACCCAAGAGGUUGGUGCACACUUGGAGCGGCCACACGAAGGGCGUGUCCGCAAUCCGGUUCUUCCCGAAACACGGGCAUUUGAUUUUGUCAGCGGGGAUGGACACGAAGGUAAAGAUUUGGGAUGUGUUCAAUUCUGGCAAAUGUAUGAGGACAUACAUGGGCCACUCCAAGGCGGUUCGGGACAUUUGGUUUUGCAACGACGGCACCAAGUUUUUGACUGCCGGGUAUGAUAAGAAUAUCAAGUACUGGGAUACAGAGACCGGGCAAGUGAUAUCAAGUUUCAGUACCGGAAAGAUUCCGUACGUUGUCAGGCUUAAUCCGGACGAUGAUAAACAGAACAUCCUGCUGGCGGGGAUGAGCGAUAAGAAGAUUGUUCAGUGGGAUAUGAACACGGCACAGAUUACGCAAGAGUAUGAUCAGCAUUUAGGAGCCGUGAAUACCAUUACUUUUGUUGAUAAUAACAGGAGGUUUGUUACUUCAAGCGAUGACAAGUCGCUUCGUGUAUGGGAAUUCGGGAUUCCUGUGGUCAUAAAGUAUAUUAGUGAGCCGCAUAUGCACUCUAUGCCAUCAAUUUCGCUCCACCCUAGUACGAAUUAUCUUGCCGCGCAGAGUUUGGAUAAUCAGAUUCUUAUAUAUGGCACGAGAGAGAGGUUUCAGCUCAAUAAGAAGAAGAGGUUUGCCGGGCACAUUGUUGCCGGGUAUGCUUGCCAGGUCAAUUUCUCACCUGAUGGACGAUUCGUUAUGUCUGGAGAUGGUGAGGGUAAAUGCUGGUUUUGGGAUUGGAAGACUUGCAGAGUCUUCAGAACUCUUAAAUGCCAUGAGGGAGUAUGCAUUGGGUGUGAGUGGCAUCCAUUAGAACAAAGCAAGGUUGCAACAUGCGGCUGGGAUGGAUUGAUUAAGUACUGGGACUAGUUGCUUUUCUGCACUAUAUGGCAAGUUGCUAAUAUCAUCUGAUCAAAACCUUCCUUGAACACACCAACCAGCUAGAGGACAAUAGGCCAAACUGUGUCUUGGAAGUUAAUAUUGUGAUAUUGGUUCCUUCGAUGGAAUAAAAGUAAGCAUGCUCGGUCAGAGUUCAGAAAUUACAAGGGCAACACUGGGAAAAGGGUGGACAAAAUUGAGCAACUUUUCUGAGUUAUUUUAUCUUCAAUCGUGUUAUCAGAAGAAGUCAGUAUGCGAAAAAUGCACUUCACUUCAGCUUGUAUUACAAUUUACUUCUUUUUACCUCUUGUAGAAUUAUUUUGAUCAUCUUUUAGCCUAUUUUCACAUCAAGACUCAAGCAGUUUGGAGAUGGAAUGUAUUUGUAUUCGUCUUC